CGCGCUCUCCGCUGCCGCCGCUCGCCCCGCGCUCCCAUGGCGCUGAAGCGGAUACAGAAAGAACUAAGUGAUCUGCAGCGAGACCCACCGGCCCACUGUUCUGCUGGACCUGUUGGAGAUGACUUGUUCCAUUGGCAAGCAACAAUUAUGGGACCUCCUGAUAGUGCAUAUCAAGGGGGAGUAUUUUUUCUCACAGUACACUUUCCAACAGACUAUCCUUUCAAACCACCAAAGAUUGCUUUUACAACAAAAAUAUACCACCCAAACAUAAACAGUAAUGGGAGUAUUUGUCUUGAUAUCCUGAGAUCGCAAUGGUCACCGGCUCUGACUGUAUCUAAAGUUUUAUUGUCCAUAUGCUCCUUACUUUGUGAUCCUAAUCCAGAUGAUCCUUUAGUACCGGAUAUUGCACAGAUCUACAAGUCAGACAAGGAAAAAUACAACAGACAUGCAAGAGAAUGGACUCAGAAAUAUGCAAUGUAAACUUGUGAAGACUUUUUCAUAUACCACAGAGUACUGUAAAUUCUAGGGUUUUUUCAACAUUAGAAGGAAAUGGAGCACAGUUAACUGUUUCAAUGUAUCAUGAUGCCCCUUGAAUUUUUUUCACCCAUGUAAGUGUGUUUCUGGAGCAAGGGAGAACAAAUUUCCAAAAAUAACCUUAUGACUGUGAUAAGAAUAUUUAUCCUCUUUGUAUGCUUUGCAGAAGACAUUUAUUACGGUUUUUAAGAGUUGGACAUCUGCAUCUUCAGACUACAAAAUCCAUAAUGCAGUUGUAAAGCAACCAAACUAUUUUUGCUGGAAAAAGUAGCUGUUUUCAUGUGAUGAAUACUGUAUGUGUGUCCUUAAAGUAUGUUGUCUGUUUCAUAAGUGUUGAAAUUUCAUUUUGUUAGUUCACUUAUAUAAUUUGUAUUUUUUUACUGUAUAGACUAAAUAUUUUAUUUACCAUGUAAGUCAUUUUGUUUUAGACUGACUUGCUUGUGCACAGUAUUGACAAGAUACAACUGCUAGUAAUGAAAAUAAUUGGAGUAUCCCACCUGUCAGGAUAUUCUAAAGACUGACUGCAGAUUUCUUAAAACCUAAAAUGAUCUUUGCACUGUAAUUCUUUGUACGCUGAUGAUGGAGAAACACUUGUUUUUGAUUCUGUUGCAUACUUGACUUAAUUUUAUUGCAAUGUGAACUAAUUGCACUGCUAUGUAGAAAGAUACGUAACCGUUUUGUUGCUAUUCACAAAUGAUUUUUGACAUGUGGGCAACAUAACACUAUCACAGACCUUUUACAAAUCUAAAUGUAGCCUUUUCCAUAUAAAUAAAAUGCAUUUUCUACUACUUGUCUUGGCUUUUUUCUAAAAUCAUGCAUAUCCUUAAAGUGCUUGUUCUAACAUUAGCGAAUCAAAAUAUUAAGUGCAUGUGUGUUGUAGACGAAAGGGAAGAUAAAGCCAUGCAUCAUGUACUACUUAGAACUCUGUUGCAAUUAAUUUUUAUGCUAGCUUUAGCCUAAUUUAUUUAGCAUGCUAUGCCUGUUGUUUUAUAUAGGAUUUCAACUAGUUCAAUGACAUGUUACAUCUAUAUUCCUUUAUGGAGGAAAUACCACAAUUGUUUGAACAUCAAACACUUCAGUUAAGGUGGUAUAUUUGCAAUAUCAGAAUGUUGCAGUAAAUUUCUCACACUUGAAGCUAACUUUUCCAUUAACUGGCACUUCAGUUGCUUCAGACUGUGCGUGUGGAAAACCGAUAGUGCUGGAGAGGGGCAGACUUUUCUUAUAAAGUAGAUUGAAAAGCAGAAGAAUUUUGAUUUCCUAACGUACAUUCUUCUUGAGUAUCUGAAAAUAAAAAUGCAUGACUUAAUUUUUCUCUGUACCUUGCACGUGAAAGAAAAGUGAAAGUUGGGAAGUUUGUCAUCAUAAAAUACCAUUUUAAGAAUACAAAAGUAUUUUGCUGUAAUGAAUGCCACACUGGAAUUUAGGUUGUGGGUGGGAAGCGUGCACAGUAGGAGCUUUUAUUCCUACCAAUGGACGUUGUUAUCUUUGUGCUUGCUGACUUACUGACCCAAUUGGGCACGUACGGGGAAAAUGUCGCUUCUGUGCUACAGUUUUAUCUAUGAUGUAAUGGUGACUUUUGAAACAAAAGCUUGGUGGAGAGUGGCUCUAUUGAUUUUAAAAUACCCUUGUUCAUGUCAGAUUGUAAGCUGAAUAAAUGUGGGGGUUUUUGUUAUUAAAAUGAGUGCUUCAUUAUACUUGAACUAGGACAAUGUAGCUAGGAAGGCAAAGCCAUUGUUUAUACUUACUGCUAAAAUGGUGAUAGAAAACUUUGACCAUCAGAAUGUGUUCCCAGAGUUUUUAUUUUUUCUAGAUCGGUAGUAACACCUUUGUACUAGAAGUUAUUUAAAUGUUUGCAGUAUCUGUACUGAACUGUGUGAAAUGGGAAGCUUGGCUUGCAUCUCGGAAUACUCUCCUCUGGUUUGAAAACACUUCAACUUGUAAUGUUUCUGCUGUGUGCCAUAUACCCAAGAAUGACUUUCCAUCACAGUGCAAGACCGGCAGCCUGAUCAAAAAACCAAAGACCAACAGAAACGAGUAAGGCAUUCUGCCUCCAGCCUCUUUGAAUACUAUAAAAAAUAAUUCUGCCGUGUGCACGUGCUCUUUUAGAGGCACGAAAGCAAGUCGUUGAUUCUCAUGCUUCUCCUGGCAUUUCAAAAGCAGAAAGUCUAAAUAGAAUGCUCUCGGAGAUAAACGCAUUACUUAAACGUCAUUCUUUCAAUGGGUUGGUCAGAGUUAAUCCACAGAGAUGAAAUAUUCCCCGUGCAUCUCUUCUGUUAAUGCUCUUUUACAGUAUGUGCUGUUUUAAGGGGGGGGGGGAUUACAGCUGAGAGGUUACUGCAUCCUCUCUUGUUCACGAUGAUGGAAAAGAAUUGUCUCCUCUUUGCACCCUUUUUUCCCCUCCUUCAGUCCUGCUCUUUCGGCCCCGCGCGUUCCAAGCGUGCUCUGCCUUUCUCAGCUUGCGCCGAGGAGGAAAGCCGCGGAGCUGUACGGUGUUCGUUUUCGGCCACCGCUCGUCCGCUUCCGCGUGGUCCGUUUCGGUCUCUCUGUACCCCUUCCCGCCCGCCUGUGCUGCUGCGGCCUAAUACAAUAAACACGGAGGAAAAACGGA